AUGGAACAUAUUUUUCCUGUUGAGACUACAAAUGAGCUCGGCAGGAGAACGGGGGUCUUCGAACUCCAGGAGCAGGCAUCUGGAGAGCAGCCUCGGUUUCAAUACGUCGCGCACACAACAACAAAGAAGUUUCAAUCUAGCGAUACAGAUACUAAAGAAUACGUUGUCCCGGUUUCUGAUGAAGACGAUGAAUUGUCACAGUUUGGAGAUAAGAAUGAGUCAGCAUUUGUCAACCAGCUGCCUAUGGAAUCACAAAAAGUCGACCUCAGUUCCUUGAAAACAGGCAGUGCUAAAUGGCGCCACUACAGCCCUAAGACGAAAUUUGUGGAUACUUCCAUGACCGGAGAGAAUAAGACUAUCUACUGCAUCGGAAUUCCUGACCGAGCCCGCAAUUCAAACGCUAUCGUCUAUCCAGCAGAGAAACAGUACCUGAGAGGCAUAGACUGGGCCCUGACGUUUAACUCCGACAUCGUCAACGCCUGUCUUAAAGCGAAAUGGAAGGUAGCACAUGCAAGAUACGAGCGUACACCUAAAGCCAUAGGUUCUAUCCGAAAUUACUACGGAUUACCGGACGGUCCUGCCCCAGGACCAGCCUAUGCGCUUGGGGGAUAUUGGAUCGAUCAGGAAGGUAUUGAUUCUAGUGAGCUCUUGGUCCGUUGGCUGAUUCUGCAAGAAGUCUGGACAUCCUUACCUCAAAGCAUCCAAACCUUUGUCAAAGAUUUUGCUCAAUGGGGCACUCUGAAAGAAACUUCGUACCCGGCAGCAAAGAACGAUACGAGCCCUGAACAGCAGCCGACUAAAAGGGUGAAAUAUUCCAUCGGGGGAGUAGAGCUCCUACAAGAGGGUGAUUCAGAGGACGAUCAGCAGUCCUGA